AUGCUCAUGUUUACCAUUCCUGCCAGGCUGUGUGAUCACUCCAUAUCAAAGGUUACUACAGAGAUCAUAAAGGAAAAACAUAUCUUGCUGCCAACGCGGUUUUAUCUGGACAGAGUGCUCUUUGUAAGACGCAGGAAUCCGGAUUGGUUACGGUGUGAAGUGAACAUCAAUGAGUGUAUUUCUAGUCCAUGCCAAAAUGGUGGAAGAUGUAUUGAUGGGCCUAAUCAAUAUCACUGCUGGUGUCCUGAUGGCCUCAUUGGGCUCCACUGUGAGUCCAACGUUGAUGAAUGCAUGUCAGCACCUUGUCUUCAUGGAAGCUGCAAAGAUGGAAUAAAUUCAUACACCUGCUUUUGUGAGACGGGGUGGAUCGGCAGCAGAUGUGAAACAAACAUUGAUGACUGUGCCCUCAAUCCCUGUUUGAAUGGAGGCUCGUGUGUAGAUCUCAUUGAUAAAUACGCAUGCUUCUGUCUGGAUGGGUUCACAGGAAAGACUUGUGAAAAUGACAUAGAUGUUUGCAGAGACACCGCUUUAAAUGUCCCACUGUGCUUCAAUGGAGCCACUUGCCUUGAUGGCGAAGGAUCAAAUUUCACUUGCAUCUGUCCACCAGGUUUCAUGGGGGAUUUCUGUGAAGUGGAUGUUAACGAAUGUUGCUCAGCGCCAUGCCAGAACAGCGCUGUUUGCCAAGAUCUUAUUAAUAGCUAUGUCUGCCACUGCAGGUCAGAUCUUUUACAGGCAGCGUUUCCAGCUUAUGGGAGGAACUGUGAGCACAACUAUGAUGACUGCCUGCUUAAUCCAUGUCCAGAAGCGUUUUCCUGUGUAGAUGGCAUAAACAAGGUCAGCUGCCUGCCUCCCAAUACGAAUCCUGUUCCCUUGGUGACGCCAAGCGAGAACAUCACUAGCGGCUACAAACCCAGGGUUCUAAUGCCAGCUCUAAGCCCAGUACCAACAGCUGAACCAUCCACAGAUUCAAGCUACCUCCAUUACUUUGGGAAUUCAUACCUUGAGUUUCAAGGUGUUGACCUUGGAACUCUCAACAACAUUAUUGUGAGAUUUCAAACCACAGCUUCUCAGGGAACUCUCCUAUAUGUCGACCAAGGACCCAUUAAUGGGGAUUUCUUUUUCAUGAAACUCUUUAUCCAGGAUGGGAUCUUGCAGUAUGCCUUUUGCUGCAAUGAAGAAGAUGAGGUUACACGGAUGAGUGCAUCAAGUCACGUUGAUGAUGGCAGAGUUCACAUUGUGCAUAUUAGACAACACCUGACCCCUUGUGAGGCAGAGCUGACACUUUCGGGGCGCACAAGAAUUAAAAGCAUAGCAAGUAAUUACUGGCUGGGACACAUGAGUCAAAGAACAAACCAUGUCUUUGUAGGUGGUUUGCGACAACAAUAUAUUCCCAAUCAGAAAGCAAAGCCUCUUCACAACUAUACUGGCUGCAUUGAAGUAAUAGAAAUUAACCACCUAAGAAGCUUCUACACAACUGAUGCAGUUGCUGGCAGCAACAUAGAUCAAUGCAGGUAUACUUUACAUCACAUGGUGACCACCACAGAAAAUUACCUGAGUCUGACCUCUCCAUCAGCUUCACCUACCUCAGUAAGCACAGCAACCCUGGUAUUGUUCACGCCGCCUCCCAAACUUCCUCUGCAUGAACCUGAAGCUGGCCAUGAUGAUCUUUGCCACAAUGGAGGAACAUUCCAUCAGAUUCAGCUUCAUGGAAGAACUCUUUCCUCCUGCCACUGUCCUCUUCAUUUUACUGGAGCCUUUUGUGAAAAAGAUACCACCAUCUAUAUCCCAUCUUUUGACGGCACAUCGUACCUGGAGCUGAAACCUCUUUCAUCCCUUCCGCACCCUUUAAAUACCGGAGCAGAAGACACAACUUUCUAUCUGACAGUCAAAACAAGAUCAACCCAGUGCACCAUCCUCUUUACCCAGGAGCAGAACUUUGGGGAUCGGUUCCUCCACGUGUCCCUUGAAGAUGGGCGCCCCAUUGCUCAGCUUGGCUGUGGGGGCACCAGUGUUUUACAUGCAGCUGCUGACAAGAGCAUCAAUAAUAACAGAUGGAUGUCGAUCCUAAUCCGAUUUAGCCUGCCUGUUGGCAAACAAGGAGGGUCAUGUCGGAUUGAAAUUGCUGCAGAUAAUGGCACUGCACAGCAUCUUGAGGAACUUGUGUCUCACCCUGUGUCAGAGACAUCCUUUGGACCUAUAUUUCUUGGGGAUGUUUCAUCCCUCUGGGAGCUUCAUGAUGAGAGAGGAAAAGAAAAGAGGAGAUUCAUUGGCUGCAUCAAGGAAUUCCAGGUCAACUCAAAGGAGAUUGACCUGGUGGGUGAAGCAGUGAAGGGGAGGAACAUCAAGAACUGUGACCCGCCUGUCUGCCAGCACCUUCCCUGCCGCAACGGAGGAACAUGUGUCAGUGACGCCGAGGACUGGUUCUGCGAGUGCCCGCCACUCCACACGGGCCGACUGUGCCAGCUCAGCGCCUGUGAGCGCGGACCCUGCAGCCACGGAGCUACGUGUAUCCCAAAGUCACAGCUGGAGGCCGUUUGCUUAUGCCCCUCUGGACGACAGGGGCUACUCUGCGACCAAACCAUCAAUAUAACUCGUGCCAGAUUCAGUGGAACUGAUGAGUUUGGCUACACAUCGUUUGUGGCCUACACCUCCAUUCCCAGCCUCAGUUUCUUCUACGAGUUCAAGUUGAGGUUCACGCUCGCAAAUAAUUCAUCUGCUGCCAGAGACAACCUGAUUCUGUUUGCUGGACAAAAGGGACAAGGCAAUGACGGGGACGACUUCCUUGUUUUAGGACUACGAAGCGGCAGAGUUGUUCACAGAUUUAACCUCGGGUCAGGAAUAGCAACCAUAGUCAGCGAUCGGCUCAACUAUCACAUCGUCAUCCACACCGUUAUCUUUGGAAGGUCCAAAAGAACAGGGUGGCUGAAGGUUGACGGGCAGCGGAACAGAACAGGAUAUUCUCCUGGACCUCUGGUGGGCCUCAAUGUUUUCAACCAGCUCUUUGUAGGUGGAUAUAAUGAGUUCACCCCUGAACUGCUGCCACUUGGCUCCAGAUUCCGUCAAGGCUUUCAAGGGUGCAUCUUUGAUGUUCAGUUUCGGACCAGGAGAGAUGGGAAGUUUCAAGCGUUGGGGCAACCUGCAGGGCUUCCAGCCUUCGGGCGUAGUGUGGGUCAAUGUGGAGUCACCCCCUGUGUUCAUGUUCACUGCAGGAAUGCAGGGACGUGUGUGGACUCUGGUUCAUCUGUCUACUGCCAAUGCCCGCCCGGAUGGAAAGGAACCCUCUGCACUGAGACCGUGUCUGUGUGUGAUCCUGAACACCGGCCCCCUCCUCUCUGUACCCAUGGCUCCACCUGCAUCCCUCUGCCGAAUGGAUAUACCUGCCAGUGCCCCUUGGGGACUGCAGGACUCCACUCUGUGAGGAUCACAGACCCAUCCUUCAGUACUAACCAGUCUUCGUGGAUGUCAUUUCCUCCAAUGAGCAUUCGGCACAGGACUGUUGUUGAACUGCAGUUUCAGCCUUUGUCACCUGAUGGCAUCCUUGUCUAUUCUGCACAGCAUCUUGGUGCCAGAGCAGGAGAUUUCUUCUGUCUCUCCUUGACAUCUGGGUUUGUCCAGUUGAGAUACAAUUUAGGUGAUGGCACCCAUGUUCUGCAGUCAAUCCGGACUGUGGACCUGCGUGGCAGGAGAUGGCAUGUGGUGAAGGCUGGCCGAACCGGUCACCAAGGCUUCCUCAGCCUGGACAGCGAGGAGGUUAGAGAAAACAGGACUGAGGGGAUGACUACACUCGAUGUUGCAACUAAUAUAUUUGUCGGAGGAGUGUCCACUUUGAGCUUUGUCUGCCCUGAAGCAACUGAGCAUGAACCAAUGAGCUUCACCGGCGGCCUGCGAGAACUCAUAAUCAAUGGUCGAGAACUUGAGCUAACAGAGACAGGAGCUAUUGGUGGAGCAAACAUCGAGGACUGGGAAGGCACAGCCUGUGGAUACAAAGUGUGUCAUAACGGCGGUCAAUGUAAAGCUACAGGGGCUGACUCAUUCAUAUGUACAUGUCCGUCAUUAUGGACUGGAUCUCAGUGCAACAAGUCUGUAAGCUGUGUAAACAACAACUGCAGACAUGGCUCAAUAUGUGCUCCAUCUCCAUCUACUGUGCUCUCCUACAGCUGCAUUUGUCUCUUAGGAUGGGGAGGAACACAUUGCGACACUAGACUGUCCACAGACAUAUUCAGGUUUGUUGGAAACUCUCACAUUAAAUACAAAGAUCAGAGGUUUAACACAAGAAACCUGAAAUUCACACAGGUUUCGUUUAGUGUCUAUGCCAGUUCAAGUGACGGUUUGAUAGUGUGGCUAGGGAUGGCCGAACAGGAAGAUGACGACUACCUUUCAGUUGGACUUGAGGAAGGAAAUCUGAAGAUUGCAGUUAAUCUUGGAGAAAGACUUACCCUUCCAGUAACUUUUAGAAAUCACAAUUUCUGCUGUAGAAGAUGGCAUAACGUGUCUUUAAGUCUUAACCGAACUGUUAUUCGAGCGUUUCUCAACAACGAGGAAAUCCUGUUUGAAGAUUUGGACCCAUUUGAGAGAUAUGUAGCCUUAAACUCGGGGGGUGUGGCUUACUUUGGCGGGUUUGAAUUUUACAGAAAUGUAUCAGUGGUCACCUCUGGGAUAUUUUCAAAGGGUUUUGAAGGAAGUAUUAGAAAUGUGUUUUUGUUCGGAGAUGGGAACCCGGUGCUUUUUCAUAAAAACAGUGAAGGCUUUAAUAUUUUUGAAGGCACUGAAUGAUAGUAAAACUCUUAACUUUGGAUAUCUACAACUUUGGAUAUUUAUUGAAGACUGUAUGUAGUUUUGUAGCGUAAUAGUGAUUUAACUGAGUUGCAUUCAAAACACACAAAAAAAUUAUGAAUAAAUCAUAUUUAUGAAGAAUUUGAAGUUCUCUAUUUCACUUUUUUUUUUUUGUCCUGGUAAUAAUUUAGCAUCUUUCCAGAGAUUGGCCAUUCAUGCACUCACUGGUCAUUUUAUUAUGCACAUCUUGCUAUUCAUGGGUUGAACCCCUUUUAGUACAUUAGAACUGCCUUAAGUGGCAUAGAUUCAACAACUGUUAGAAACAUUCCUGGGAGAUUUUGACAUAAUAGUAUAACCCAAUUCCUAAAGAUUUGUAGGAUGAACAUUCAGGAUUGAACUCUCCCGUUCCACCACUUCCUAAAGGCGACUAUGAGGAGUUUGGAGUUCAGAUAAAUCCACUUUUAGAAACUAUUUUUGAUUAUGUAAACUUUGUGGCAUGAAGCAUUAUCUUGUCAACAGUACUUAUCAGGACUGGACAUGGUUGGUAACAUUAACCAAGCAGGCUGUUUGAUUCUCAAUUGUCAACAUAGUAUUUAUACAAGACAGGUUGGAUCAAUGGUUUUGUGGUCCUGCUGUGUUGCAGCUCAAACUGAGACAAACAUCAAAUUAUUGUUCUGUAACUAUCCAAUUUUGGUGAGGUUGUUUGAAUUGCCACCCGUUUCCUCUUCUUAGGCUGACAAUGCCUGAUCUGGUCUUCUGCAGCUGUAGCCCAUCUGCUUCAAGUUUCAAUAUGCUCUGCAUUUAAAGACUGAUUAUUUACCUGGACCAGAUCCAGAUACGGAGGCCUCAGUCCUCGACGUGGCCGUCGCAGGUUUGAGGCCCUGUCUUAUGACCACUCCUCAACCCAUUUUCCUGUCUGACCACUAUCAAAUAAAGACCAAAGCUGGAAUCUUAAAUGUUCACCUUAGAAAAACUCUGCAUUGACUGGUUACCACUAUCAAGGUACAACAAGGCUACAAAAUGUUAUGGUUUUAAUAAUGUAAAUAUUGUCUGCCAAACUGUGGCUUUGGGCUUCAAAUCCUCAGUUUUCUCUGGUAUUACAAAGUAACAAAGCAUAGUCCCUCCUUUAAAUGUUGCAAUGAUUUAGCCAAAUGCUGUUCAGUUGGUUGACAAAACAAACUUCUUCUGCUGCUACUUUUUCCUCAAUUGCAAGAAAUAUAAAGUCAGCUGUGGGCAAAUAUUUCUGCCUGUGAACACCACCAAAGGUAUGGUGUGGAAACUAAAGGACUGCCACCCAUCACGCUUUUCAGGGCAACACUGUUUUAAUUGGUUUUAAAUAAAAGCAGAUCAUGCUAUUCAUUUUUUUUUUAAAGGUGUGUUAACACUUGUAUAUUUUUACUGAACGUAGCAACUUAAAAAAAAAAAAGACCCAACUUUGGUAAUAAUUACCAAUACAAAAGGAUUAGUUUUAUUAUGAACUGUACAUAAACACACGGUGCAAAGGCACACAUCUCUAGUGUAUAUUACAAGCCAAAAUGUACACACUUUCUCAACCGAAAGCUUAUAAAACAUUGAAGCAGUUUAAAAGAAAUUAAAAUAGGAAAUAAAGCACAAAGCUGCUGUUUAGAUUUUCCGUAAUUAAAUAUUGUGUUAAACAUUCAAGCUAAAAUGUGGAGCUCAUCUUAUGUUCUCCGUUCGCCCACAUUGUUGCAUGUGACCGGGAGACUGAUAGUACAGCAGUAUAAUAUAAACAAGAUACAGAAGAGAUAAAUCGUUAAACCAUUCCAGUAUUCUUUUGUUGGUCUGAAUAAAAAAAAAACAAACAAAAAAAACAGCUGGGAUCUCAUUUGGCUGCACCAUUAAUAACAUAAAAUGGAACUUCACUGUUGUAUAAAAUAAUUUUAUCAAUUGCCAGUGUAGAAAAGUGGCAUGUACCAGCCAUGUGAUCAACACGCUUCAAGUCCUUAAGAGCUCAAAACACUCUUUAGGCAGGAUUUAAAA